AUUUUCUAAGAAUUUGAUCAUGUUUUCAUUCAGCAGACGAUGUAGAUUCCUUAUACCACAAUGCUGAUAAAAGAGUUAUUGCAUUCAUCUCCGUCUUUGUUUUAAUAUCUUUCUUCAGCUGGCAGUCUAUCAAUUUGCUGCAUAUUUAGAAAAGGACACCAUGAUUUCCAACGAACCAGACACAAAUUCGAAGGAAGAAAACCAUCUCUGUUCGAACGAAAGAUGGAGGAUAUGGAAGAAUGUUUUUCUGAUCGGUCUCUCCUUCAUGGUUCAUUUCACCGCCUUCUGGGGUGCUUCAAAUCUGCAAAGCUCUAUCAACGCAGAAGCUGCUUUGGGUACCAUCACAUUAGCUGCCACAUACGGAUCUCUCAUCAUAUCCAAUACAUUCCUUCCUGUCCUCAUAAUCGAGUGGAUAGGAACGAAAUGGACUAUCGCCAUAUCGCUAAUUACCUAUAUGCCAUUCAUUUUAUCCCAGUUUUAUCCCAGCUUUUACACAAUGAUUCCAGCAGCAAUCGCUAUGGGCCUGGGCGGAGCUCCAUUAUGGUGUGCAAAGUGUACAUAUCUGACAGUUAUAUCUGAAGCAUAUUCCGAGUUAACUGGGAUGAACAGCGAAAUUUCGGUUACACGAUUCUUCGGGAUAUUCUUCAUGUUUUACUCAUCUUCCCAAGUCUGGGGCAACCUCAUCAGUUCAGCCGUUCUGUCUUCUGGGUCUCCCCAUAUUGAUCUGAAGUCAGUAUCAGUAUCCAAUGCUACUCAAGUGGUUUUUGUGCAGUCAAAUCUGGUGGAUGUUGGUGAAAGAUGUGGCGCAAAUUUUUGUCCGACUCCAGCAGAACCUUCAGUCAAUCCAAAUUUGAAACUUCCACCUUCCUCAAAAAUCAAUUUGGUGUUUGGAAUUUACCUGGGAUGCAUGAUAGUGGCGUGCUUGAUCGUUAUGUUUGGAGUAGACCAAAUGUCAAGAUACAGUAAGCAUAGGAAAAGUUCUGGCAGUGGAUUAUCGGGCAAGGAACUAUUGGCAGUAACAUUAAAACAAUUCGGGAAUAUGAAGCAAAUUCUGAUAAUUCCUAUAACAAUGUUCAUAGGAGCUGAACAAGCUUAUAUAGCCGCUGAUUACACAUCUGCAUUCGUAUCUUGUAGUUGGGGGAUCAGCAAUAUUGGUUUCGUUAUGAUAUGCUUCGGAGUUUGCAACGCUGUAGCUUCAGUUGUAUCCGGAAGUGUUGCUAAGAUAACUGGUCGUACACCGGUUGUGUGUUUUGCUUUGUUACUGCACAUUGCUCUACUAAUAACGUUACUGUUUUGGAGACCGAGUGGAGAUAAGAAGAUCAUUUACUUCGUGAUCUCUGGACUUUGGGGUGUCUGUGAUGCUCUCUGGUUGGUUCAAAUCAACACUUUAUAUGGAAUCCUCUUCUCUGGCAAUGAAGAAGCUGCGUACAGCAACUUCCGUAUCUGUGAAGCUGUCGGGUCUGUCAUCACUUAUGCCUGUAGCUCGUACUUAUGCCAAGCUGCGAAGCUGUACCUUCUGCUCGGCCUGCUGGGAAUUGGGGUGAUUGGAUAUGCCGGAGUUCAUAUGAUGAAAGACGAAAAAAGUCCCUGUGAACGAUCUCCGAUUACUCGAUUCGAACUGCAGAAAGCGAAAGAUCUGAAGUAGUUUCCUGACACAUCUGUGAUAUAUUUUUGUUUUUCUCUGCGACAUUUAGGUUAAUGUUUUUCUAAUAAAUUAUCAAAACUUGUGCUUUCGUACAAGGUGUCUCCGU